ACAACGCAUCGCAUCACAUUCACCAAAUCCCUGUGUCAACGCAUGAGCCGCCACCACGUGCGCACGUUGCUGUGGAAGAACGCGCUGCUCAAGAAGCGCCACCCGAUCCGCCUCGGCUUUGAGCUCGUGCUGCCGGUCGUCUUCAUCGUGAUCCUUGGCAUCUUGAAGGGGCAGGCCGCCGACAUCACCGUCCCGAGCGGCUGGUCGGACAACAUGGAGUCGACGUUCUCGUCGUCGGCCUCUAUCGCGCCAACGUACUCGGUCUACCAAGGCUACCCGGCCACGUCGCCGGCGCCAGCCAAGUUUGCUGCCACCGAGGCUACCAUCUCGGGCCUACUACUGCGGCUGAGCACCAUGUCGCUGGCCGAGGGCCGGCGCCUCGACGACCUCUCAGCCACGGACCGCCAGCGCUGCUCGUCGCUCUUUCUCUUCAAUGGCGCCAUCAAUAUUGAUCCUACGUCGCCGUACGCUGUGCCCACGGCCUGCGCCGGCAAGGUCGUGCCGUACAAGCUCGCGAUUGUGCCCGACACGGCGUACACGCGGGCGUACUUUGCCGCUGCCGUCAACGCAUGGUACCCGCGCGUGCCGCUGACCAAUGCCUCGAGCGGCCUCGUCAUCCCGAGCUUCGUCGACGCCCUCGCCUUUUACCAUGACGAAGCAGCGCUUGAAAACUACGUCUCGGGCGGCUCGUACGGCCAAGAUCUGAGCCAUCCCAAGAUAUACGCGGCCAUUGUCUUUGACGUUGCGACGCCGCGCCUCGGGACGGCCGGUGCGCUUUCCUACACCUUGCGCUUCAACGCGACGUCGGGCGAUGCGCCGUCGACGGCCGGCGCCGGCGUCGAUCCCAACCAAAAAGCGUUGGCUGCCACACCGUACCAGCGGUACCCUACCCCUACCCUAGCCCUACUUGAAUCGUAUGUGUUUAGGUACGCGCGCAACGGGUUCCUCGCGCUGCAGACGCUUCUGACGCGCUUUGCAGCGUGCGUGCCAUCGUGGAACGGGUCGGCCCCGGGCGCCUGCACCGUGGCAGGGAGUACGUCUGUUCAAAGCGACCUCCUCGACGACCGCUUCAUGGUGCAAGUCCAGAACGACGAUGCGCUGCUUGCCGCUGUCGCAGCCUUCAACAAAGCGUCGGGCGCGUCGCUCACGUUGCGCGAGCUCUCAUUCGAGGCGCGGCGCCUGCUGCUCGUGCCAUUGCGCCAGGCGCCGCAGCCGUACUUUGGCGGUCUCGUGCUGCCGCUUCCGAUAUCGGCGUACACGGCGUCGCCCUUCUUUGCGACGGCCGGCGACUUUUUCUCGUUUGUGUUUGUGGUCUCGUACGUCCAGCUCGUGACGGGGCUCUUGGUCGCGCUCGUCAAGGAGAAGGAAACCAGAGCCCGCGAGAUGAUGAAGGUGCUCGGUGUCACCGACGGUGCGAUCGUCGGGUCGUGGAUGCUCACGUACGGGAUCGUUGUCCUCGUCGUUGCCGCGCUGCAGACGAUUGCAUCGAGCCAACUGCUCUUCCCCCACACGUCGCCACUGCUCUUGUACCUCUUUUUCGCGCUCUUUGGCUUCGCCGUCGUCGCGUUUGGCUUCUUCAUGAGCACGUUUUUUUCGAGGCCGCGCACCGGCGCCUUCCUCGGGCUCGUGGUGUUCCUCCUCCUCUUCCUGCUUGGCCAAGCCUUCUCCACAUCGGCGUCCGAAGGCGCAAAGGCGCUCGGGUGCCUCGCACCGCCGGUCGCCAUGUCGUUUGGCAUCUCGGCGCUGGCCCGCGCCGAGGUCAACGGCGGCGGCAUCACAUGGCACUCGGCGCAUCUCCUCGACAGCCACAACAUUCGCUUCGACACGGCGCUGUACAUGCUCGCACUUGACACGCUCCUCUUGACGCUUGUCGGGUUCUACUUUGAAAAGGUCAUUCCCAAGGAUUACGGCGUGCCCGAACACUGGACGUUCCCGCUGCAAUGGCUCUACCGAUCCCGCGGGGUCUCUUCCUCAGCGACAUCGCGAAUGUCGGCACGGCUCUUGGCACAACACGAGCCGCCACCACACCCGUAUGUCGAAGCUGUCACGGACGACCUCAAACAGCAAGAGCGGACCGGCGACGCGCUGCAGAUCCAGUGCCUUCGCAAGGCAUUUCUCGGUGACGACAAGAUCGAAAAGGUGGCGGUCCACGGCCUCCAGCUCACCUUGUACAAGAACCAAAUCACGUGUCUCCUCGGGCACAACGGCGCGGGCAAAACCACAUUGCUCUCGAUGCUCACGGGCAUGCUGCCGCCGACCAGCGGUGACGCGACGCUGCUGCGCGGUCUCUCGCUGCGAAGCGACAUGCAUGCCAUCCGCCAAUCGAUUGGCAUGUGCCCGCAGCACGAUGUCCUCUACGACGAGCUCAGCGUCUACGAGCACCUAGCGUUUUACGGCCGGAUCAAGGGCUGCGACGAAGCCGAGCUCGACCAGAAGCUCCGGGCCGUUGGCUUGACUGAGAAGCGCCACACACCGAGCAAGGCCCUUUCGGGGGGCAUGAAGCGCAAGCUCUCGCUCGCGAUUGCCUUCCUCGGCGACAGCCAGAUUGUGUUUUUGGACGAGCCGACGUCCGGCAUGGACCCGUACAGUCGUCGGCAUAUGUGGGAAACCGUGCUCAGCCACCGGCAACACCGCAUCAUUGUGCUCACGACGCAUUCGAUGGACGAAGCCGACAUCCUCGGCGACCGCAUCGCGAUCCUUGCCGACGGGGAACUGCGCUGCGCUGGGUCGUCCUUGUACCUCAAGCAAACGUUUGGGGCCGGCUACAACCUCUCGCUCGUCACGACGACCAGCGACCACUUGGCCGACCUCUCGUCGCUCGUCGUGUCGUUUGUUUCUUCGGCAGCCCUCGGCGCGCACGUCGGCACGGACGUCACGUAUCAGCUACCGCUCGAGAGCGCACCGAGGUUCCCCGAGCUCUUUGCCGCGCUCGACGCCCAACGCACGCAGCUCGGCGUCGAGUCCUACGGCAUCUCGGUCACGACGCUCGAGCAGGUGUUUUUGACCGUCGCCGAGGCGCCCAGCACCGACGGUGACGACGGUGACGUCACCCGCAGUCAGCCCAGUGACCUGUCGCCCACCGUCGACACGUCGUCCGUCUUUCGAAUCCUCGAGGCCGCCCCAAUGUCCAAGGCCGCUCGGUUUCUUGCGCACUUUCAAGCACUGUGGCGCAAGCGCUACUUGUGCGCCAAGCGCGACCGCAAGAUUGUGACGUUUUCGACGCUGUGGCCGGCCGUCUACAUUGCGAUCGGGAUGCUGCUCCUCACGACGAGCGCGACCCGGAAGAACGAUCCGCCGAUCGAGAUGUCGACGCGCGCGUUGCCGCUCGGCGCCGAGACGCCACUGCCGUGGACGUGUCUCGACGGGUCGGACGCGUGGUGCGACGGCGUCACACGCAGUAUCCGCGCGGCCGCCGCGUCCUCUUUGCCGCUCAUCACGUACCCGACUUCAACGCCGACGGUCUUUGAUGUCCCGUACACGAUCAACGCCAGCGAUACGAGUGGGUACUGCCUCAGCAUGGCGCAGACGUCGCUGCCUGCGGUGCUGCCCACCGCAUUUGGCCGUGUGCUUCUCUUUACAUCGGCGUCGAGCCAAGUGGUCGGGUACGCGCUCUUGAGCAACACGACUGCGACGCACGCGCCGAGCAUCUACAAGGCCGCCGUUGAUGAUGCGCUUGUCCGGUGGGUCACACAGACACCGACGGCCACGGUGGUUGUCAUGAGCCAUCCGCUGCCGCUCACACAAGCCAGCAAACUGCUCUCGACGACGAUCCUCUCGUUCACGGCCACGUCAUUCAUCGUGGUGGCGAUGGCCUACUUUUCAGCGUCGAUCGUGCCCUUCCUCGUCCAGGAGCGACAUGUGAGCACGAACGUCAAGCACCAGCAGCUGCUCGCGGGCGUGAGCAUUCCGGCGUUCUGGCUGGCCAACCUCGCGUGGGACUGCACCUUGUACUUGGUCCCCGCGGCGCUGGCGCUCGGAGCGAUCCAGAUAUUUGAUAUCACGCCGUACACGGGCGUCGACUGCGCGACGUGCGCCACGAACGCGUUCGCAGUUGUCGUUGCUCUCUUUGUCCUCGCCGGCGUCGCCGUCGUCGGCUUUAGCUACUGCGCAUCGUUCCUGUGCAAGGAGCCGGCCGAAGCACAAGGCUACAUUAUCAACUGCAACAUCUACCUCGGCGUGUACCUCAUGCUUGUCUCGACGAUCCUCGGGCUCGUCCCGUCCACCGAGUCGCUCAACGACACGCUGGUGUUUGUGUUCCGCCUCUCGCCCCUCUUCUGCCUCGGCAAUGGUCUCUACAGCCUCAGCCUUCGCGCGAUCAUCGGUCCGACGUCCGGCACCGUGUCGUCGUCGGCAUUUUCGACCGAGAAUGCUGGCUGGAGCAUUGUCUACUUGGCCAUCGAAGCCAUUCUGUACCCAAGCCUCGCCAUUGCUAUCGACUACCUCCUCUGCUUUCCGUCGAUCGCGGCCUCGUGGCGCCGCCGGACCACGCGCGUCAGUGACGAGCACGACCCAAGCACAAUCGACCACGACGUCGAUGUUGAAGCCGCACGGGUGCGCGCUGGCAACCAUGACGACGCUGUUGUCAUGACGUCGCUGCGCAAGACGUACCCCGACGGCAAAGUGGCCGUCGCCGACCUCUCCUUGGGUUUGGGCCGUGGCGAGUGCUUUGGUUUCCUCGGGAUCAACGGCGCGGGCAAGACGACAACGAUGAAGAUGCUCACGGGCGACAUCCUGCCAACGUCGGGUGCGGCAACCCUCGGCGGCCACGACCUCCUGUCGCAGCCGCUCGCCGUGCGCCGGCUCAUUGGCUACUGCCCGCAGUUUGACGCCCUCUUUGACUUGCUCAGCGUCCGCGAACACCUCGAGCUCUUUGCUGUGCUCAAGGGCGUGCCAGGUCCCUUGGUCAAGGCCGUGGUCACCGAGAAGCUCUCGCAGUUGCACCUCGAGCCGUUCGCUACGAAACUCGCCAAGACGCUCAGCGGCGGCAACAAGCGCAAGCUCUCAGUAGCGAUCGCUCUCAUUGGCGCGCCGCCGCUGCUCUUCUUGGACGAGCCAUCGACGGGCGUCGACCCGGUCUCACGCCGGUUUCUCUGGAACGUGCUCGCCGACCUCUCGACCAAGCGCAAGGCGGCCACGAUCUUCUUGACGACCCACAGCAUGGAAGAGUGCGAAGCGCUGUGCACGCGCGUGGGCAUCAUGGUCGGCGGCCGGCUUCGCUGCCUUGGCAGCAUCCAGCACCUCAAGUCGCGCUUUGGCGACGGCUUGCUUCUCCAUCUCAAGCUCAAGCCUGUGGCUACAAUGGUGGACGACGCGACCGAAACGGCGAUGGAUCGGGAGGCAGUGGCGACGUACUGCACGGCCCAUGGCCGGCCCGACCGCGUGCACUUGAUCCGAGACGACCAUCCGACAGGGUAUACGCUGGCCGACAGUCUCGCUCGCGACGGCAGCGUCUUCUUGCACGACGUCAGUGCUUGGUGGCGUCGGGAGGACCGGUACGACGCUUGCAUUAGCGCGCUGCAGGCGUCGCUGGGCGAGACCAACGUCUCGGUUGUCGAGCGCCACUUGGACGUUUGCCGCCUCAAGAUCAUUGGCGACAACAUGUCGCUGGGCCGUAUCUUUGGGCUCAUUGAAGAGAAGAAGGCGGCGCUGCAUAUCCGAGAGUACACCGUGUCGCAGACGACGCUCGAGCAAAUCUUCAACAGCUUUGCCAGCGCCCAAGUCGACGAGGUCCGCGUUGCCCGUGGCGUCGCCGCAUAAAUCAAC